CUGCUGUCCAUCUCCCCCGCAGCAGACGUAGCGAUCUGUCUGACCUUCUCUCUUAAAGCGUUAAAAUAAAACCACACGCCGUGUGUGUGUGCGUGUGUGUGUGUGUAUGAGCGAGCCCAGCUUGAGUGUGGAUGGGAAGCCUGUGCAUUGCUCAGCCUUUGAAUGGAUCGCUGCUGUAAAGUUGCGUUUCAGACGCUGCGAUGCUCAUUUGAAUCAACUAAACUUGUGGUGCCUUCAAUUGUCGUCUUCUCCAUUGGCAUCGACUGUGUUUUUUGGACGAGUUUGCAGAUCACGGGGCUGCUACAGGGGGUCGCCUGCAGGCUGUGAAGAUCAGCAGACAUUCAAGGCUGCAUUUCCCUCAGCAAUAAGGUGUAGCUGCAGCCCCCGCCCACACCGCCCGGCAAGAUGGUGGUGUUGUCGCUGAAAAUCUGCGUUCGCCAGUGCAACGUUGUGAAGACGAUGCAGUUUGAGCCCUCCACAGCCGUCUAUGAUGCCUGUAGGAUAAUCAGAGAGAGGGUCCCUGAGGCUCAGACUGGACAGGCUUCAGACUACGGCCUGUUUCUGUCUGAUGAAGAUCCUCGGAAAGGCAUCUGGCUGGAGUCCGGAAGAACUCUGGACUACUACAUGCUCCGCAAUGGGGAUAUCCUUGAAUACAAGAAGAAGCAAAGGCCCCAGAAAAUCAAAAUGUUGGACGGGGCCGUUAAAACCAUCAUGGUGGAUGACUCCAAAACAGUGGGAGAGCUGCUCGUGACUAUAUGCAGUAGAAUAGGCAUCACAAACUACGAGGAAUACUCUCUGAUCCAGGAGAUGGUGGAGGAGAAGAAGGAGGAUGGGAUGGGUACGCUGAAGAAAGACAGGACGUUGCUGCGAGACGAGAGAAAAAUGGAGAAGCUGAAAGCCAAACUACACACAGACGAUGACCUGAACUGGCUGGACCACAGCAGAACAUUCAGAGAGCAAGGAGUGGACGAGAACGAGACCCUUCUGCUCAGACGCAAGUUCUUCUAUUCCGAUCAGAACGUGGACUCCCGAGACCCGGUCCAGCUCAAUCUGCUUUAUGUGCAGGCUCGAGAUGACAUCCUGAAUGGUUCUCACCCCGUAUCUUUUGACAAGGCCUGUGAGUUCGGAGGCAUCCAGGCCCAGAUCCAGUUUGGACCUCACAUAGAACAUAAACACAAACCUGGAUUCUUAGAUCUGAAGGAGUUUCUACCCAAAGAAUACAUAAAGCAGAGAGGAGCUGAGAAGAAAAUAUUCCAGGAACACAAAAACUGUGGAGAAAUGACAGAGAUUGAAGCAAAAGUGAAAUACGUCAAACUGGCUCGCUCUCUGCGGACAUAUGGCGUCUCCUUCUUCCUGGUCAAGGAAAAGAUGAAGAGCAAGAAUAAGCUGGUGCCGCGGCUUCUGGGGAUCACCAAAGAGUCUGUGAUGAGAGUGGAUGAGAGGACCAAAGAUGUGGUUCAGGAGUGGCCACUUACCACCGUGAAGAGGUGGGCGGCGUCACCCAAGAGCUUCACCCUGGACUUUGGGGAGUACCAGGAGAGCUACUACUCGGUGCAGACCACUGAAGGGGAACAGAUCUCUCAGCUCAUUGCUGGUUACAUCGACAUCAUCCUCAAAAAGAAGCAAAGCAAGGACCGCUUUGGGUUAGAAGGUGAUGAAGAGUCCACCAUGCUCGAGGAAUCCGUAUCCCCAAAAAAGUCCACCAUCCUGCAGCAGCAGUUUAAUCGAGUGGGCCGGGCGGAACAUGGUUCAGUGGCGCUGCCAGGGGUGAUCCGCUCUGGCUCCAUUGGCACCGAGUCGCUCAGCAUGGGCACCAUGCCAUCUGCUCAACAGCAGAUCACAAUGGGUCAGAUGCACCGCGGACACAUGCCACCGCUGAGUUCAGCACAGCAGGCUCUGAUGGGAACCAUCAACACCAGUAUGCAAGCUGUGCAGAAGGCCCAGAUCGACCUAGGGGAGGUCGACAACCUGCCACCGCUGGGACAGGACAUGGCGUCCAAAGUAUGGAUCCAGAACAAGAUGGACGAGUCAAAACACGAGAUCCACUCCCAGGUUGACGCCAUCACAGCAGGAACAGCCUCUGUUGUGAACCUCACUGCUGGCGAUCCAACGGACACAGACUACACCGCGGUGGGCUGUGCCAUCACCACCAUCUCCUCCAACCUGACAGAAAUGUCAAAGGGUGUGAAGCUGUUGGCUGCGCUGAUGGAGGAUGAUGUUGGCGGAGGUAAUGACCUGAUGAGGGCUGCUCGGACGCUAGCAGGAGCCGUGUCUGACCUUCUGAAGGCUGUGGAGCCCGCUUCUGGAGAGCCCAGACAGACGGUGCUAACAGCAGCAGGCAGCAUCGGCCAGGCCAGCGGAGACCUCCUCCGCCAGAUUGGAGAGAGCGAGACCGACGAGAGGUUCCAGGACAUCCUGAUGAAUCUGGCCAAAGCGGUGGCCAAUGCUGCGGCCAUGCUGGUGCUGAAGGCCAAGAACGUAGCCCAGGUUGCAGAAGACACCGUGCUGCAGAACCGGGUCAUUGCCGCUGCCACUCAGUGUGCCCUGUCCACAUCCCAGCUGGUGGCGUGUGCUAAGGUUGUGAGCCCCACCAUCAGUUCACCGGUGUGCCAGGAGCAGUUAAUCGAAGCCGGCAAGCUGGUGGAUCGCUCAGUGGAAAGCUGUGUCCAGGCCUGCCUCUCAGCCACAGAAGAUGGCGAGCUCCUCAAACAGGUGAGCGCUGCAGCCAGCGUGGUGAGUCAGGCUCUGGGAGAUCUCCUGCAACAUGUUCGUCAGUACACCUCAAGGGGAGAGCCUAUCGGGCGCUAUGACCAGGCCACAGACACCAUUAUGACCGUCACUGAGAGCAUCUUCAGCUCGAUGGGAGAUGCAGGUGAGAUGGUUCGUCAGGCUCGGGUGUUGGCUCAGGCCACCUCAGACCUGGUCAAUGCCAUGAGGUCGGAUGCUGAGGCUGAAGUGGAUGUUGACAAUUCUAAAAAGUUGCUGGCAGCCGCCAAAUUGCUGGCUGACGCCACAGCGAGGAUGGUGGAGGCAGCAAAGGGCGCAGCGGCGUAUCCAGAGAAUGAGGACCAGCAGCAAAGACUGAGAGAGGCUGCAGAGGGGCUGCGUGUGGCCACCAACGCUGCUGCCCAGAAUGCCAUUAAGAAGAAACUAAUUAACAGACUGGAGAAUGCUGCGAAGCAGGCUGCGGCUGCAGCCACACAGACCAUCGCUGCUGCUCAGAAUGCUGCCGCCUCCAACAAGAACACUGCUGCUCACCAGCAGCUGGUGCAGAGCUGUAAGGCAGUUGCAGACCACAUCCCACAACUUGUCCAGGGGGUUCGUGGCAGUCAGGCCAAACCAGAAGACCUCAGUGCACAACUAGCACUCAUCAUUGCCAGCCAGAACUUCCUACAGCCUGGUAGUAAGAUGGUGACCUCGGCCAAGUCCUCUGUUCCCACGGUGACGGAUCAGGCUGCAGCCAUGCAACUGGGUCAGUGUGCCAAGAACUUGGCCACCUGCCUGGCUGAGCUGAGGACAUCUGCACAGAAGGCUCAUGAAGCCUGUGGCCCUAUGGAGAUUGACUCUGCAUUGACUGCCAUCCAGACCCUGAGAAGUGAGCUGCAAGAUGCCAAGCUGGCUGCUGUUAACACCCAACUGAAACCACUGCCUGGAGAAUCACUGGAGAAGUGUGCUCAGGACCUGGGCAGCACCUCUAAGUCAGUGGGAUCCUCCAUGGCUCAGCUGCUCACAUGUGCCGCACAAGGAAAUGAGCACUACACAGGAAUAGCAGCCAGGGAAACAGCUCAGGCCCUGAAAACACUGGCCCAGGCGGCCCGCGGCGUUGCAGCCUCAACCACAGACCCCAAGGCUGCUGCUGCCAUGUUGGACUCAGCCCGUGACGUUAUGGAGGGCUCAGCGCUUCUCAUUCAUGAGGCCAAGCAGGCACUGAUUUCCCCCGGAGAUGCAGAGAGUCAGCAGAGGCUGGCACAGGUGGCCAAAGCCGUGUCUCACUCCCUGAACAACUGCGUCAACUGUCUGCCUGGCCAGAAGGAUGUGGACAUGGCUCUCAAGAGCAUCGGGGAGGCCAGCAAGAAGCUGCUGAUCGAAACUAUCCCUCCAGCCUCCAAGUCCUUUCAGGAAGCUCAGAGCGAGUUGACCCAAACGGCAGCAGACCUGAACCAGUCAGCAGGCGAUGUGGUCCAUGCCUCCAGAGGCUCCAGCAGCCAGCUGGCGGUGGCCUCAGGAAAGUUCAGCCAUGACUUUGAUGAGUUCCUGGAUGCUGGUAUAGAGAUGGCUGGACACACUCAGAAAAAGGAUGACCAGGUGCAGGUGAUUGGUAACCUGAAGAACAUCUCUAUGGCUUCCAGCAAACUGCUGCUGGCAGCUAAGAGUCUGUCUGUAGACCCUGCUGCAGCAAAUGCCAAGAACCUGCUAGCUGCUGCUGCAAGAGCAGUGACUGAUAGCAUUAACCAGCUCAUCACGCUGUGUACACAGCAGGCUCCUGGCCAGAAGGAGUGUGACAAUGCCCUGAGAGAGCUCGAGGCUGUCAGAGGAAUGCUGGACAAUCCCAACGAGCCAGUCAGUGACCUCUCCUAUUUCGACUGCAUUGAGAGUGUGAUGGAGAACUCCAAGGUCCUGGGAGAGUCUAUGGCAGGUAUUUCUCAGAACUGCAAGACUGGAGAUGUGACCACAUUUGGAGACUGCGUAGGAUCAGCCUCAAAAGCCCUGUGUGGUCUCACCGAAGCGGCAGGACAGGCCUCCUACCUGGUGGGUGUGUCUGAUCCCAACAGUCAGGCGGGUCAGCAGGGGUUGGUGGAUCCAAUCCAGUUUGCCAAAGCCAACCAGGCCAUCCAAAUGGCUUGUCAGAACCUUGUAGACCCUGACAGCAGUCCCUCUCAGGUGCUCUCUGCAGCAACCAUUGUUGCUAAGCACACCUCAGCACUGUGCAACGCCUGUCGUCUGGCUUCCUCCAAGACGACCAACCCAGUUGCCAAGAGGCACUUUGUCCAGUCUGCCAAGGAGGUGGCCAACAGCACUGCCAACUUGGUCAAAACUAUCAAGGCUUUGGAUGGAGAUUUCUCAGAGGAGAACAGGAACAGGUGUCGAGUUGCCACGGCUCCGCUAAUUGAGGCUGUGGAAAACCUGACAACGUUUGCAUCCAACCCAGAGUUUGCCAGCAUCCCUGCUCAAAUCAGCAAUGAGGGUUCUGCAGCACAAGAACCCAUCCUCCACUCAGCACGCUCCAUGCUUGACAGCUCCACCCACCUGCUCAAGACCGCACGCUCAUUGGUUAUCAACCCUAAAGACCCGCCGACCUGGUCUGUUCUGGCUGGUCACUCCCGUACGGUGUCUGACUCCAUCAAGAGUCUCAUCACAGCCAUCCGGGACAAGGCCCCAGGCCAGAGAGAGUGCGACUCGUCAAUUGAUAACAUCAACAAAUGUAUCCGGGACAUUGAGCAGGCCUCUCUGGCAGCAGUCAGCCAGAACUUACCCAGCAGGGACGACAUCUCACUGGAGGCACUACAAGAGCAGCUGACGUCCACUGUGCAGGAAAUUGGCCACUUAAUUGACCCCGUUUCCACUGCUGCCAGAGGCGAAGCUUCCCAACUAGGACACAAGGUGACCCAGUUGGCUGGUUACUUUGAACCACUGAUCAUGGCCUCUGUGGGUGUGGCAUCCAAGCUGAAGGACCACCAGCAGCAGAUGACUUUCCUGGACCAGACUAAAACCCUGGCUGAGUCUGCACUGCAGAUGCUCUAUGCAGCCAAGGAGGGUGGAGGAAAUCCAAAGGCAUCCCAUACCCACGAUGCCAUAGCAGAGGCAGCGCAGCUUAUGAAGGAGGCGGUUGACGAUAUGAUGGUGACACUGAAUGAGGCUGCCAGUGAAGUGGGAAUGGUGGGAGGAAUGGUGGAGUCCAUCGCAGAGGCUAUGGCCAAGCUGGAUGAAGGUACUCCGCCUGAACCCGAAGGCUCAUUUGUGGAUUACCAGACCAGUAUGGUGAAAUACUCCAAGGCCAUAGCCGUCACUGCUCAGGAAAUGAUGACCAAAUCAGUGACAUGUCCAGAUGAGCUGGGAGCCCUGGCCUCUCAGGUGACCGUGGACUAUAGCCAGCUGGCUGUUCAGGGACGACUGGCUGCUCACACAGCUGAGCCAGAAGAGAUCGGUUUUCAGAUCAAGACUCGAGUGCAGGAGCUCGGACAUGGCUGCAUCUUCCUCGUCCAGAAGGCUGGAGCUCUGCAGAUCACUCCCUCUGACGGCUUCACCAAACGAGAGCUCAUUGAAUGUGCCCGUGCAGUCACAGAGAAGGUGUCCUUGGUGCUCUCGGCCCUGCAGGCAGGCAACAAGGGCACUCAGGCCUGCAUCACAGCAGCCAGCGCAGUGUCUGGCAUCAUCGCCGAUCUGGACACCACCAUCAUGUUUGCCUCCGCUGGCACUCUCAAUGCAGAGAAUGACGAGUCCUUCGCCGACCACAGGGAAAACAUUUUGAAGACAGCCAAAGCUCUGGUUGAGGACACAAAGAUGCUGGUGGCCGGUGCAGCUUCCGGUCAGGACAAAUUGUCUCAAGCUGCCCAGUCGUCUGCCAAAACCAUUACCCAGCUCACAGAUGUGGUCAAACUGGGGGCUGCCAGCAUUGGCUCUGAUGACCCUGAGACACAGGUGGUUCUGAUAAAUGCUGUCAAAGAUGUGGCCAAGGCGCUGGCUGAGCUCAUCAGUGCCACCAAGUGUGCCGCUGGCAAGGCAGCAGAUGAUCCAUCCAUGUACCAGCUGAAAGGUGCUGCUAAGGUGAUGGUGACCAACGUGACGUCCCUGCUGAAGACGGUCAAGGCUGUCGAGGACGAGGCCACUAGGGGCACCAGAGCGCUGGAGGCCACAAUUGAGUGUAUCAAACAGGAACUGGCGUUGUUUCAAUCCAAGGAUGCACCCAACAAGACUACCACGCCUGAGGAGUUCAUUCGCAUGACUAAAGGCAUCACCAUUGCAACUGCUAAAGCAGUGGCUGCAGGGAACUCUGCCCGGCAGGAAGACAUCAUCCACACAGCCAACCUCAGCCGCAAGGCUAUUUCAGACAUGCUCACCACCUGCAAGCAAGCAGCCUAUCACCCAGAGGUCAGUGAGGAGGUGAAGAACAGAGCGCUGAUGUUCGGGUCAGAGUGCACAACUGGAUACAUCGAUCUGCUGGAACAGGUUCUGCUGGUCCUGCAGAAGCCCACUGCAGACCAGAAGCAGCAGCUGGCAGCUUGCUCCAAACGAGUUGCAGGGGCUGUCACAGAGCUCAUCCAGACUGCUGAGGCCAUGAAAGAUGGAGGUUCAGAGUGGGUGGACCCCGAGGAUCCGACAGUGAUCGCAGAAACGGAGCUGCUCGGAGCGGCGGCGUCCAUCGAGGCAGCAGCGAAGAAGCUGGAGCAGCUCAAACCCCGAGCCAAGCCCAAGCAAGCGGAUGAGACGCUGAACUUUGAGGAGCAAAUCCUGGAAGCUGCGAAGUCUAUUGCUGCAGCCACCAGCGCUUUGGUCAAAUCCGCCUCGGCUGCCCAGAGAGAGCUGGUUGCUCAGGGCAAAGUGGGCCUCAUCCCUGCCAAUGCUGUGGACGAUGGACAGUGGUCUCAGGGGCUCAUCUCUGCUGCACGUAUGGUGGCAGCAGCGACCAGCAACCUGUGUGAGGCAGCCAACGCCUCGGUACAAGGCCACGCAAGUGAAGAGAAGCUCAUCUCUUCGGCCAAACAGGUGGCAGCCUCCACCGCCCAGCUGCUGGUGGCCUGUAAGGUGAAAGCUGACCAGGACUCUGAGGCCAUGAGGAGACUACAGAUUGCUGGGAAUGCAGUAAAGAAAGCAUCAGACAACCUGGUGAGAGCAGCUCAGAAGGCGGCGUUUGACAAAGCAGACGAUGACAACGUGGUGGUCAAGACCAAGUUUGUGGGUGGAAUAGCACAGAUCAUUGCAGCCCAGGAGGAGAUGCUGAGGAAGGAGCGAGAGCUAGAAGAAGCCAGGAAGAAACUGGCGCAGAUCAGACAGCAACAGUACAAGUUCCUGCCCAGCGAAUUACGAGAGGACAACAACUAGUCACUGAAACUGGCCGUCACUGCUGCAUAUGCUUGAAGCAGUGUGAAGGGCACAUCUGUGUAUGUGUGUGAAUUUAGCAGACCAGUAAUGUCCAAGUCUUUCUGAGUCCACGUGACACAGAAAGAUUUUAAACCAACUACUUGCAUAGUUUUAAAUACUACUGUGUGGAACUGACUACUUUCUGAAAACAACAUAAAGAUUGCAGUGAUUCGACUGAUGAACUGCUUUUUGUCCUCAUGGGUAUAGCAUAACUACUUUGACUGAUGUAAUCUGAAUCAGAAUGUGACAAACUGUGCAGCUCAUGCUGUCAUGUUUGCCCAUAAGCUACAGUUGCUUUUUUUGUUCUACUAAUUACAGCUUCAGUUCACACACAUUUAAGCUGAAGAAUUGAUUGUAUUGCCGUUCGUGUGAUAUAGCCGUCAAACUGCAGUGUCGCAAAAAGAUUUCACCUCGGUACUCUGAUAAACGUACGAAUGUUGGCCUUGUUGAAUUCAUGUGAAGUGUCUUCAAUUCAGUGGUCUUUAACCCUAAUAUGAAGGAAGGCGGGAUUUUUGCAUAUUGGUGUUCCUUGGAUCGCGUUGUAAAUUUCAGUUGUUUUUUGGAAUGUUCCUUCAGAGUAGACAGUGAUAUGAGCGUCUUUGCUUUUCUUUCUUGUCAAUUUUUUUAAUGCUGAUAUUGAUGGGCUCUACAUGCAAAAUGUCUCUUUAAGAUGCAACAAAUUGUUUAUGUGUGUCUGAGCCCUCGAUAGUUGUUGUAGUCAUGUGCAGCGAAGACUCAAGUAGAAUGUUAAGACAUUACAUUACCAGGUGAAUGCUUUUCUUCACAGGGCGACAUAUUGCCGUAGAAGGAAUAUUUAUUGCUCAUAAGUAUUUUUAGCCGGGGGGGGUCUUUCAAAGGGAAGGGCUAGUCUUUACCACCACACAAGCUGAGCCUGUGGUGGCUUACAAUCACACUUCUUCCCCAGAACUUUAAACAUCUUUUGUUAUUCUUUAUUUCAGUAGACCUACUACAGUAUAAACAGAAUUUGAACAUGAUGCAAUAACAUGGAUGGUGCUUUAGGGGGCAGCAUUGGUUUCCCAUCCACCAUGCAAACUUCAAGUAAUUAUGUAGGAGAUGAUAUUGUAGAACAUGUGGUUUGAUUAACCAAGCAGGUUGAUUAGCUAUAUCGUCAUGCAAAUUAAGAAUACCUGUAAAUACCUCAGACCUUUUGAAACAGUUAAAUGCCGUGCACUGCUGCUUCUGUGCUUUGUCUGAAGGUUAGUACUCCCUGCAGGUUUACUCUGGCCUUUCCACUGGUUGAUUAGUCAUUUCCCCAGCAAUACUAAAUCAUAGCCAGGGAUUUGAUUUGAGUCAGUUCACCUCCAAUGUUGCAAAUUCAGGAAGCAGCAAAAUUCAAAAUCUGAAAAUAACUUAGCAAUAAGCUAAUUCUGACAGAUAAAAUGCAUAAGAAUUGAUGUUGAAAGUGAAAUUACUGCAGCACGAAUCACUGCACUGCACUCAGUUCAUCAAUCUGAAUUUGAGGGUGCUCUGCGUGACUUUACCGAGUAUACUACUUGCUGCAAUAGAGGAACCUUUUGUUUACCGAGUUUGAUUGUAGUGUGUUUGGUGCCCUUGUCUUACUGUACGGGCUGUGUUUCAAUAUUAAGCAACAGUAUAUUGUAAGAUUAAUUCCUGCUGUGUAAAUGCAUGGCUUUGUGCUGCAGAUGCAUCUCUUUGUUUAUACAGCGACAAAGUUCAGCUUUUAAGGAUGCACUGAGUAUUCCUGACCUCCUCAUGCAAACAGCAUAGCAGAUAGCUGAAGACAGGCCAUCACUUUUCAGUUUUUUUUUUUUUUUAACAGUCAAGUCUGAAUUUGGAGGUGUUUUCUCGCAUUGUAUUUUGUGUGUGAGCAUGAGGUGAUGGGGUGGGGUGGGAGGAGGGGGGGGUUCACUGCUCAUCAGUCAAGUCUGUAGUGUUAUUAUUAGUGCCUUAGUAUGUAGCCCAUACAGUGUUUGGUCUGCUUGAGUGACAGCUUCACUUCAUCGGUCACAAGAAGGUACUGGACAAGCGAUGUUUUUAGGGGGGAAGGAGGUUCAUGUCGGUGAGUUUUCUAGCAUUUGUUGUCCCACUCGUUAACGUAGUGUUCCUCUUAAGUGCUGAACCAACUGCAUCUCCUUUUCUUUUAUCUUCCUCUUUUACGCUAUCUGCCACAUGUAAGGCCUUUUGGGGGAUCACAGAGGAACUGUCCACCAGUCAGAAAGAUGUGUCGCUGUCAAAAUGUACCAUCAGUAUAUACACAAGUAUGUAUAUUAUCUAUAUGAACACAUUUUUGUACUGCAUUCCAUGGGCAUGUACCACAGUGCUUCUAAACUAUGGCAGACUGGAGGUUUGGGUCCGUUAACUGCUUUAUUGGAUGUUAUGAAGACACUGAAAUUUAUGGAUUAUGGAUUUUUUUUUUCUUGUGCUUUCAAUCCUCUAGAAAGAUAAAUGUGAUAAGAACAUUUCAUUAUGUCACCAUUAAGAUGUUGUGACACAUUUCAAUGAUGUGGCGUAAAUUGAAGUGUUCUGUAUGUUUCUCCUCCCUCAACAGAAAUAAAAUCAUGAAGUUACGACAUAAAGAUAAGUGAUAGCAUACGAUAAGAAAGAUAUUUAUCUGGCCUCAAUAAAACUAUUUUUUGUAUUCACUGAAAUUAAAGCAUUUCAAUGUAAGUUUGUG